CGAAAUUCUGCUAACUGCGCGGUCCAUGGGCACUGGAUUCAGCGCUGCCAAUCUAGUGGAAUCUGCUAUUCAUUCUAUUACCGUACACCAUCCGGAAUAGGACAACUAUCUGCUUCCACAACAUCUCUCAUGGCGCCGCGAAUAAACAUACCUCCUAUCACGCGAGCGAUUCUCAGUGCCAUCUGCGCUUUAUCCUUUCUAAACGGUGUGGCCAGAUGGAGACAGUAUGAAGGCUCGCCGGGCGUCCCGAUCCCUUAUCUAUCUCUGGUUCCGUCCAACGUUCUCUUUUAUCCUUGGACACUGUUGACGGCUACAUGUGUCGAACUAAAUAUUUUCACUGUUAUCAUUACCGGAGCGACAGUGCUAUAUGGAGGGAAAUAUCUCGAGCGGGCAUGGGGAUCGCGAGAGUUUGCAAAAGUUAUCCUUGUUGUUUCACUGGUACCGAAUAUCGUCAUGACUUUUCUCUACAUCCUCUGGUCGAGUAUUGUGUCUGAUGCUAGUAUUGCUCAAAAAGGGAUAUCUGGCGGGAUAGCGAUCCAGGCGGCGUUUCUGGUGGCCUUCAAACAAUUAGUCCCUGAACACACCGUAACAAUUCUUAAGGGCAUUAUCAAAAUGCGAGUCAAGCAUUUCCCUGCUCUCUUCCUCCUCCUGAACGCCAUCGGUGGCAUCGUGCUCGGAACCGAUGUCGCGCUCAAUUUGAGCUGGCUCGGUCUACUAUCGAGCUGGACAUACCUUCGCUUCUACAAACGCCAACCAGACCUCUCCGGCACCUCAACCAACGAACUCGGCAUGAAAGGAGAUGCCAGCGAAACCUUUGCCUUUGCCAAUUUCUUCCCAGACGCCAUACAACCACCCAUCUCAUUUGUCGCAGAUAAGAUAUACUCAAUCCUCAUUGCCCUACGUGUCUGCACCCCUUUCUCGGAGGAGGAUAUCGCAUCAGGCAACGAACAAGCAAGAGCACGUGGACAAGCGGGGCUUCCAAAUCUGUUGAAUAACGGCAGGAUAGGCAGCGGAAGAGGCUCGGGUAAGCGAGAGGAGGCAGAACGGCGGAGAGCCCUCGCUCUUAAGGCUCUGGAUCAAAGGCUUCAGGCAGCCGCCCCAAGUAGGCCAGUUCAGCCAGCUGCCGCAAACUCUUCCCCGUCACAAAAAAUGCCCCCACGACAACCUUCGCCGCUGACAGCAGCCCCGUCUGUUCCUCCCGGCCAAAGUAUGCUGGGUGAAACGAACUAUACACCUGAUCAUUCAUGAUGAGAAAAUGAACCAAGCAACAAAAGAAGCUUGUUUCAGAUUGUGAAGGUUUUCAGCACUAUAAUAGGACUAACGGGCGGAUUGGCACGUCCAAUUUAUAUGUGUGUUAAACGGAUUCAUUUUCCCACAAUGUGAAUGGAGUGACGGACCUACCAUCCACACUGUUAUCAUUAAUGUCAGUGACAUGCGGGUUUUGUGAUAGGAUACGGUAUGAUUUUCCACCCGUCUUUCCCACGGCACAUGUUUUCCCUUCUAUCUCCUCUUUCGUGGUCUAGGACGAUUAGCUUUGAUCCUUGAUCAAUUCUCUGUAACAUUCUGGUUCACAGCUGGGGCGGGGUAUAUCACAUUUUGGAAUCAGUUCCUUUUGUUUGAUUAUGAAUUUUAUUGUAUAUGCACUUGUGUGUUUUCAUUCUAUAUAUAUCCCCCGCCUGAUGACGCUAUCCUCCUGGACACUCAACGCCCUUCAUAUUAUCUCAUUCGCCUUCCACCUUGCGAUAGCGUUGCAAAGCCUGUGAAUAAAACACCAACAUUUGUUUCUAUUACCCUACUUUUCCCUACCCACUUAUUUAACUAUUAUAUACUUUUUAACACCCCUUUCAUUGAUGAAAGGUGUAAUUAUUUCU